UGUGGUUUGACAUACUGCUUAGAGGUUGCAGGGGCAGUGGGACCACACAUCAGCCUAUAUUGACCCUGCUUAAUCAAUUUUGCUUGGUCAGUCAACAAUGAAUUCCUACUUAGAUUAUACGAUUUAUAACCGUGGUGCUAACACUUAUAGUUCAAAGGCUGGGUGUUUUCCUAUGGAGCAGGAAUACUUGCCAAGUGCUUGUGCAAGUACAAAUAGUUACAUUCCCGAGGGACGGCCAGUCGGAGGAAAUAUUUUUACGCCGGAAGCGCACGAAACCCAUGGCACAACUUAUGCACAACUUCAUUCGCAGCAAUACCACAUAAAUGUGGACAUGGGGAAAACUGGACACCCCAAUUUUUGCAAGCAAACCCGACCUCCUCACUCGGACUAUGGACAUCAACAUGUACUCACGCAAGCAGAUGACCACAUGCGUCUUCAGUCCCCUGCUUUUUCUGUCAUGAACAUGGGAGCCAACAUUGGAACAUACAGGGAAUCUAACUGCAGGCCUGGCUCGGUCUCUGCAAGCCAUUAUCAGUCCUAUCCAUAUGGAGAACAUGAACCACCACACAGCUAUGGUUCGUUCAGCAAGUACCAGGUCUCUCCUGACAGUGAUAGCGACUCCAAGACGAACAUCAAUCAAGCGCCAACGUUUGACUGGAUGAAAGUCAAGAGAAACCCCCCAAAAACAGUUAAAGUCGAUGAAUAUGGGAUCCACGGCCAGCAGAAUAUAAUACAGUGCUACCGCAGGUCGCACACUAUUGGUGCAAAAUUAGUCACAUGA